ACCGCGAAGCCUAGCUGGAGGAAAAUAUUGGCAACAGCAGCAGACUGCUUGGCUUUAUAGACGGCUGGCUGCUGUGGAAACUGCAGUAAGCUCUUUCCAGAAGCUACCAUCCACUUCGCUGCCAACACCAGGUUGGAUCAAGUCGACUGCUGGAAGGGAAAAUCUGUCUUUGCCCAAGUGGAGACGUUCUGGAUGUGAACCUUGUUCUUCCACUUUGCCUGCCAGUUGGAAACCUUAUUUGGGAUCUCCUUAUAUCAAGAGCUACCCUCAGUCUGAACACUAGGAUAAAUAUUAUACAAAAAGGGUUAAAUCUCGGUUUUACUCUGAUUCUUCUGCAUGACGAUGAUGGCGAAGAAAAACAGUCUGAAGGAUACAUCUGGUGUGGUGUUUGAUACUCGCUCAAAAAUGGUCAUGUCCCAGGGAGGAAUGACGGAGAGGAUGAAGGACAAGAUCAGUGCGGUGAGGGCAGUUGUCCCCAACAAAAGCAACAAUGAGAUUGUGCUGGUGCUGCAGCACUUUGAGAACUGCGUCGACAAGGCGGUGCAGGCGUUCCUGGAAGGGAGUGCAGCCGAAAUCCUGAAAGAGUGGAAUGUGACCAGCAAAAAGAAGCCCAAGAAGAAAAAGAAGCCCAAGCCUCAGCCUGAGGUUUCCACAGAGACGCCUCAGCCGGAGGCGGCGUCGCCCGACGAGAGCAAGGACGACGAGAUGAACGGCUUCCACGCCAACGGGUCGGUGAUGGACGGAGAGUCUCUGGAUUCGCUGAGCGAGCAGCUGGACUCUGCCUCCCUGGAUGCAGCCGAGCUGGACUCUGAACCCGCUACCCCCGAAACGCCGGGUGUCGAGGCAGAAAGUAUCGUCAGCGCUCCAAGUCCUGCUUCCCAGCAGGGAGGAAGGAAUCACCACCAGGUUUUCAGAGGCAACAAGCCCCGGCACAGGACGGCCUCAAACCUUCAUCCCUCCUCAUCCUCGCUAGCCUUUGAUGAGCAGGGAUCGUCAGGAGGGAAAAAGAUGGCUCCCAACAUCGACCGCUCAGUGAAAGACCUGCAGAGAUGCACCGUCUCCCUGACGCGCUACAGGAUGGUGGUGAAGGAGGAGAUGGACUCCUCCAUCAAGAGGAUGAAACAGACGUUUGCUGAACUCCAGAGCUGCUUAAUGGACAGAGAAGUGACUCUUCUGGCAGAGAUGGACAAAGUGAAAGCCGAGGCCAUGAUGAUUCUGGACGCUCGGCAGAAGAGAGCGGAGGAGCUGAAGCGGCUGACGGACCGGUCCGGUUCCAUGUCUGAGGAGCAGCUGACUGAGCUGCGCGCCGACAUCAAGCAUUUUGUGAGUGAACGUAAAUACGACGAGGACCUUGGGAAAGCUUUAAGAUUUACAUUUGACCUUGAGCCGCUGAAGACGAGCAUCUCUGGGUUUGGAUCAGUGUACCAUCCACGUACGGGCUACUCGGACCGGUCCCGCUGUAGCUCCACGUCCUCCUCUGUCGCCAGCCCGGUCCAAACGGAGACCCCUCCUCCCACCCAGACCCAAACCGCCCCCGCUGAAAACCGCCCGCCUCCAGUCAAACAGAUUUUCCAGGGAAACAGGCGAACCUUCCAGGGACCCGGCUACCACUCGGGCGGCCAGCGGUUCAACGGCAGCUCCCACCACGACAGGAACGCCGGGCGCGGGAGCCACCGUUACCAGGGCGACGCCGGCUCCUCCGGCCCGUCCUCACAGCAGCCCCACAGCUCCAGGGGCCCCUCACACCCCCCCCACAACCCAGACCGGCCCGCCCACAACGGGCUGCCCCAGCGGCUCCCUCGAACGCACUGCCCUUGACACCGGAAACCGUCUCACUCAAUCAAACCCAUCCACUACCCCCCUGCCCCCAGAGCGCUCCAUUACCCCUCCACCCCAACGCCCUUCAAUGAAGAAUAGUAUACAGUUUACAUAUUUCAGUCAGUUGA